AUGGACGAUAAAUUCGAGGCUGUGAAAAGGGAAGACGAUGAUUUACCUGAAUUUACAUUGUCAGAGGUACUCCAAAUGGAGAAAUCAUUCAAGAAAUCGAAAGAUAAGCCAGUCGGUCAGGAGUUAUAUGAGGAGCUUUCUGUUAAGUUCAGGUUUGACGUGGCAUCUUUUCUGAGCUACAAAGUUCUUUACUCGGGGGAAUUGGUUGUGCGAGUGAGAUUUUCGGGUUUCGGAAAAGAUGAAGAUGAAUGGGUGAGCGUGAAGCGAGCCGUACGUGAGCGCUCGAUUCCUUUAGAAAAUUCAGAGUGCCACAAAGUCGAUAUUGGAGACCUUAUGCUUUGCUACAGGGAAGCCGAGCACAAUGCACUAUACUGUGAUGCGCGUGUUGUGGAAAUCGAGAGGAAGCCACAUGGCGGCAAUCAAUGCACGUGCAUCUUUGUUGUUCGAUAUGAAGAUGAUUACAGUGAGGGCAAGCUUUCGCUGGACAAGCUGUGUUGCAGGCCGGCAAAAUCCGUGGCUUCAGAAAUUGAAGACCAAAAGCCGGUCUUAAUAGAGUCUUUAGAAGUUGACCAGAUGUUGCUUUAG